GACAGGCAGCUCUGAUAAUUGUUUAAAUCGUCCCAUUGAGGAUGCCGGUGAUCGAUAUCCCAUUACUGCACGCUGCAUAUCUCCCCUCAGCACCUUGCAGGUACAAACUUCACGCCCCGUCCAUGUCUGAUCCCCAAAUAUCGCUCGAUUCAAACUUGCCUUUAAAUAGAUGACAUUUAUUGAUCCCACGCCAAAUAUGAAACUCCAUUAGCUCGUCGCGGCUCAGGAUCCAGAGCUGGAUUUAAGACGGGAUUUCUUUCCGCUACACGACACAUGAGACCGGAUUCCGUUUAUGAAUUAUUUAAGGAUUAGUGACCCAAGUGUGCCCCCUCCUCACUUUUGCCAGAGGACCCCUGAAUCCUCGACAUAUUUUUGCUCACUUUAAUGCAUUUUCACUCUGUAUUUGCCAUUAUAAACAUCAAAUAUAUAUAGCCUGCCCCGGCCUCCUGUCCAGGGUGUCCCCUGCUUCUCAUCCAGUGCAUCUGGAAUAUCUUUUAGCUUGUGUUUCCUUUAAGGGAAAAGGUGGAAAAUGCGAAUGGAAGUGCUGGCUUGUGCUAUUGUGGCUCCAGUCCCAGGUUCAAGAGCUGUUGACUCUUUGUUGUACAAUAUUUAUCCAAAAUAUUAAAAAGCAACUGGACGCUUUCUACUCCCAUCAAAUCUCUCCUUUGUUCAGCUUUAUUCACUCAUUAUACAAAAAAACGAAUGAAAUUCAGUGUGUUUUAUAUGCCAUAUUUAUGGAAUAAUUGUGUUAUUAACUUGUCAUUAUGGUACGAUUGUGGAGAAAAAUGACGACUAACAUUCAAAAGACAGCUUAACCAUAUAAAAAUAAUGCCUAAAAAGCCCCAGAAAAUGAACAUAAUUGAAUUUUCAUAACCUUUUACAAACCUAAAAACAAAACAAGAUUGAAGAUUAUCCAAGAUGUUGCUGUAAUACACAAGUAUUGGCACAACUGUUGGUAGAUCCAGUAAGUCCCACUUUUUUCAAGGUGUCACUGAAACUUCUGUACAAAGGAAAUAACUUUAUUUGGUGCACAAAAGUACUUGACAUCAACAGGAUAAGUAACUAACCAAGUGAGAAUCAAUCAAUCUGAGAUAUCGAUUCAACAAAAUAGAAGCACAAAUAAAGAAAUCAAUAAGCAAGAUAUGAAUUAAAUAAAAUAGAUUUUUGAUGCGGGGAUUUUUUUUUUAAUAUGUUCACCCAAUAACUGCAAUUUAAAUAAACAUUUUUUUGAUAGUGAUACAUCACAGUGAUACAUCAGAUACAGCCUCUGAAGUUGACCCAUUAUCGAUGUUUGUCAAAAAGACAACAAGAAUAUGGAGGACACAACAAAAAACCAGGAAUAAUGAAAUCCUUAAGAUGGCAGCAGGAAGUUUAGAGAUAUUUAGGUCACUCUGUCGUGAAUAUUAAAAUAACAUCUGCUGUCUCAUUCCACAUUUUCUCCCACUUGAAAGUUAAAUGUUUCUUUUACAUGCUUUCAGAGAUCACUCCAGCAGCGGAGGACUGCUCGGUAUCAGCUGAUGCUCUCCUGCUCAGCCCCUCAGAUGACCUCUGUGAUAGUGGGGAGCGUGACCCCGCGGACGACCCCUCGCCUUCCCCGCAGGGCGGCUCCCCACAAAAACGUCGGCGAUCAGACCCGACUUGUGCCAAACCGCGGCGAGCCAGAACCGCGUUCACCUAUGAGCAGCUGGUGGCUCUUGAGAACAAGUUCCGCGCCACUCGGUACCUGUCCGUGUGUGAGAGACUGAACCUGGCCCUGUCCUUGAGCCUGACGGAGACGCAGGUGAAAAUCUGGUUCCAGAACCGACGCACGAAAUGGAAGAAGCAGAACCCGGGUGCGGACAGCACCAUGCAGCCGGGCCACUGCUCCAGCGCUAUUGUCAGCGUGAGUCCCGGCCCGGUCACAUGUGGGUCGACUCCAGCGAGCUUCCCCCAAGCCUUUCCCAACGUCAUCUUUCACACCGCUGCUGCAGUACCACUCUCCUCCGCUGGAGGGCUGCUGCACCCCUACAUGUCCAGCAGUUUCGUUCAGCCCAGUUACUUCAACUCUCAUCUAUGAAAGUCACAUAUUUCAUCUUCAUG